AUGCAAGUCUACUUUGCUGUGUUUCAAAGGUGUCUUAUACUUCCUUGCAGUUGUUCUGUGCAACCCUGAUCUUGGUUUGUCAUUGCUUCUGUAAUGGUCAAACGGUUUCUAGUUUUGGUGCUGCAAAACAUGUUGUCCUUAAUCUUAAAGGAACCAUUCUGGCUUCCCUGUGUUCAUCAUGUUGAAAACUACUCUUCUAACCUCAAUUUCUGAUUCUACAGGACUGAAAUGUGCCAGUAGUUGAAAACUGACUUAGGAAUGGGGGGGAGGUGUUAUGUAAUAAAGACACUAAAACCUGGCUAGCUGGAGCUUCUGAACCUAAAGAUCUGUUAAAGUGCUUGUUUAAAUAAACAUUCUUAAACUGUUUGUCACCAGAUGAAGUAAACAUUGCAUUGAAAACAGCACUGCCCCCUGAAAACUGUGGCCUGCUCUGAUAAGGGAAAGUUGGGUUUGGGGUGGAGUGGUUGUGUUUGGGUUUUUUUUCCCCCCCCUCCCAGUUGCUGAUUACAGCUGAACCUAUUACAGAAAGUCAAUGAAUACUAAUGAGUUGUAUACUCUCUUUAACCUGUUUUUUUUGUCAUAAAUCCACUAUGUAAGAACUUGUUUGUCUUGCAAAACUGCUCCCUUGGACUACACAAAACCUUGAACUGAAAACUGUGAUGAUGUAACACAUGUCAGUGUCAUACAAGUGGAGAAAAAACUGUCCUUGAAUGAGGUGAAGCUGUGUGCCUCUGCUUGCCUGGCCAAAGACAUUCCCUUUGAGCAGAACUGUUCCCUUGAGCCUGCUGCUGUCUCGUGCAGCUUCUGUGUAGUCACCUCUGGUGUCCUUUGCCAGGCAUUUUUGAUGGCUUCCUGUCCAGGGUUUUUCUGCAGCACCUCCUGGCAGGGGGCCAAGCAGGUGCUUGCUCUUUUCCCUGUUACCCUGCAGCUGCCACCCACAGUGCCCCACGUGGCUUCCAGCUCUGUUGCAGAGGUGGCUCUUCUGCAGCCCUGUGGAUGUCCCCUGGGUUUGCAGACCUUUUCAGCUGGAGAGGCCUGGGCCCUUGUCUUAAAAUUAUUUUGGUGUUAGGAGUUUUUGGGCAUGGACACCACACUGAUUUUUUUUUUUCUCUUGGCUUUCACAUCCUUAUUUGCAGGGAGGACUUUCAGAAGACUCCUGCAGAAAGAGAGCAAUUCUGAGCAGCAGAACAUGUCAGCUUAGGGUGGGAAAUACGAGUCAGGUGAUUCACUGUUUUGUUUCUUGAAAGAGAAAUAUGAUUAUGGGCAGUUUAAAGGGAUUCAAAAUUUUAGACAUGAGAUAGCUUCAGAAAGGAUUUGUGGCAUUGAGCUGCAGUCCCUCUGCCUGUCAGCUGCCUGUCAGUACAAUGUGCUGUAACACUGCCUUCUGCAACGUCAGCAAGGAAAAAAGUGAUCAAAAGAACUGUCAGCAAUGGAGCAAUUACGCUAUUCAGCACCAGUUCAUCAGAAUUUAAUCUUUGAACAGCUAAGGAUGCCAGACAAAUUAGUCCACCGCAUAAUACUGUCCCACUUGAAUUCAUAAAGUGUAUGGGAGAAGGAGGGAAGACCCUGCUUUUUCUAGUCUAUGACUUUAAAACAGUCAUGACUGCAACACUGUAGAUAUGACUCUUCUGCAUAGCAAACUGGUUACUCAUAGCUACAGUGUUGUAGAUACGACUCUUCUGCAGAGCAAAUGCAUUUUAGACAAGCACUAAAGCUAGGAGAUUUGGCUCUAAACAAAAGAUUAGUGAAAUACUGAUAAUCAGUAAUGACCUUCUUUCUCCAUGAUGGGAUAUUAUCAUGAUUCCAAUAUAGUAAAAAAGAGCUGUGUAUGUGCUGAUUUCUGUUUUAGCAGAUCAAUAUUGCAAAGUGAGUGUACUUGGCCAAGCUGAACUCUAAAUAUAGACUGAGAGGGGCAGUCUGUUUCACAGCUAUCUUUAUGGAAACUGCAGGACUUGACACGUUCCUAUGGACUACAAGUAGAGAGAGGAACUGCAGAACAAGUUUUCUUCACAUUUUCACAGGCUGAUUUCUUCCAUACAGGCACAUUACCUGAAUGUAAUUAUGUUAGACAAUGGAGAGGCCUUCCCUAGAAAUUAACCUGCCUGAUGCUCAUGAAGAAGGAAAACUUUAUGUAGUUGAUUCCCUAAACAACCUAAACAAGCUAAAUGUUUGUCCAGAUGAAUCCCAACAUUCACUGGAUGAGGAAGAGAACACUGGUGGUGCUGGAGAAAGUAUGGCAGGGAGCAACACAAGCAACCAGCGUUUAUUCUUUGUCACCUUUAUUCUUACUUUGACCAUCAGUUUGGCGCUUGUUUCAUUUGUAAUAUUCUUAAUAUUUCAAACUAGAAAUGAGGUGGACCAAAUAUCAAGCAGACUACUAUCUGAAAAGAAGAACAUAGAAGAGCUGAAGAAACUUAACAAUAUUAUAUUAAAGCAUCUGAAUCAAUCCAGAGUUAAGGAAAAGCCUUCUGAUCUUCAUGCUUACCUCUUUACCCAUGCUGAACUCAAAGUCCCUGGAGAAUAAAUCUUCUUUGGAAAGAAAUUCAGCAUAUUCAUAACUCAGACAUGUUCACAUAUGGCACACAGGUUGCUGAGCCAUGGUUGCUGAAACAUUGCUGGAAAAGCCUGCUGAAUGAAAAAUGUUAGGAAAGAGCAUUCUACCCUGUUUUACGUGGACAUAGAUUUGCAAUGCUAAGUCCAUAGGAUUCACAAUAAACAAUGGAUUGUCAGUUUGGAGCAAGACUUCCAGAUUCCCUGUGCAUUGUAAAUCAUGGGGGAAAGGGCCUAGUUUUACUUUAAGUGUCAGUGAAUGAUCACAGAAAAUCACGAGUUCUAUUCACAUGAUUCCAGCAUGACAUUGUCCACUUAAUCAUUCUCCUGUUACCUUUGUACAAGCUUUGUUUGUUUCUAUUACUAUUUGUAUUUAAGGAUAACUUCAGAUUUCAUAACUUAUAAAUAAAUCCAUUUCUGGCCUAGA